AUGUUGAGCUGCCUCACUCGGACAAAGUCCGUGAUAGACUCGACCAGAGCUUCCAUGGCCCAUGUAUACUCCGUUUACGCGCAAUUCUGCAAAGAGACCAGUUUACACGGACUGAAGCAUACAGUGAACGCGGACUUGUAUCCCUUCGAAAGGAUCAUCUGGUUAGUACUUACAAUAAGCGCAUUUGCUGGAGCGGUAUAUUGUGCAUUAAAUCAGCUUGAUAGAUACAAUUCUGAACCUGUUGUAGUAUCUUUGCAAAGAGAUUAUAGGGGUUGGUCUACGGCUUUUCCUGCUGUCACUGCAUGUUUCUUGGAGAGGGUGGAUUCAGAAAAAGCUAAGACAGUUAUUUCACAAAUUUGGAACGUAACAGAAGAUUUAGAUUCGGAGAAAUACCAAUACUAUUACGAAUUCGUGGAGCUCAUUGGAGAGAUAUCGUUUCGCGGCAAUCUGCAGAAUUUCUGGAAGUACCAGAAUGAUGACACUGUCAACAAUAUAGACCUGCUGCAGCUGGCGAUCAGUGUACAUCCGAAUUUCCCGCUGAAGAUUACCACUUCACAGAGCAAAGAGGUCCAGUGGAUGCCGGUGAUGACAGAAGAAGGUCUCUGUCAAACAUUCAAUUCAGAAUACGCCAAGUAUCAAAUUGUGGAUGAUAGAGCGUGGAGGAACCAAGAGUUGAUGAAAUGUCACUACCACAGCGAAGCGUGCUUAGUGAGGAUAAACACUAUGGAGAAUGGUGUGAGGUAUUUCAUACAUUCGCCUUUCGAUAUAGCGACGGCGAUAUCCAAUCCCACGGGAGAAGUUGUGCCUGAUGAGGAACUGGUAACGGAUUUUAAGGUGGUAGAGAUAGAAGCUGCUAAGAGGAUAAAAAGUUUGAGGUCUGAACAGCGUCGAUGCAGGUACCCUGACGAAUGGCUUGGUAGUUCAAUAAAGAUGGCGACGUAUGCGACGCGCACGGCAUGGCGUGCAUUGGACGGAACGUGGAGAUACUCGUCAAUCUGCCAAAGAACCUCGCCAACUGCCCCUGCAUGCCCCAGUGCGAGGAACUCAAUUAUUAUUCACACACAAAAAAGAUCAUUGUUCGUGCUACCUCUCGGGCUUGAUGUGGCGUUAGUUGGCGUUGCGGCGUAUUAUAUUACACGGUUAAAGAAACCAGAUCAACAGAAUGUGCAGAAUAUAUUCGGCCCUGUGCCCGGGUCGAAGGACAGCUCGCUGUACCCGGAUAAAAUAGUUAAAUGUAUAGCGCACAGAGGCGCUGGUUUGGACGCCCCGGAAAACACUUUGGAAGCUUUUAAAUACUGUGUAGAGAGGGAAUGCAACUUCAUAGAGUUGGACGUGAGGACGUCAAAAGACGGCCAGCUGGUGUUGCUGCACGACACAAGCCUGCAGCGCCUGAGCGGCGUCAGCACCGACAUCCGCGACGUGGACUGGGACAGCGUCAAACGCAUCGACGUCGGUGCCACUCAUCCCAACAGGCAUCUGUACAAGGAGGUGCAUCUAUGUCUGCUAUCGGACGCACUAGAAUACCUGCUGCCCAGAAACGUCAAGAUUAUCAUUGACGUCAAAGGGGAUGACAAACAGGUGAUUAAUGGCAUCCUUAGAACGUUUUCGUCAAACCCAGCUCUUUACAAGCAAGCGGUUGUCACUGCGUUCAAUCCUUUCACACUGUAUCAGAUACGUUACAAGGACCCUCAGAUAGUGGGCGCGAUCAGUUACCGGCCAUAUUGCUUCAGCGCUCAGAACUAUGAUGCGGAAAACGGACCCAGCAACCCCAGGUUUGGCGACAAGCUGGUCGUCCACGGUCUUCUUCGCGUUGCGGACCUGGUAUACUCCCUCCUGUGGCGCUGGUCCGCCAGGUGGUGCUCAGUCAGCGCAGUUCUCCUGCACAAGGACAUCGUUAGCCCGAGUGAAGUGGCAUACUGGCGGGCUGCAGGCGUGCGGUGCGCGGGCUGGUGUGUGAACAGGCCCUUAGAGAAGCUGUACUGGAGAGCGGUCCUGAAGGCGCCCUAUCUAGCCAACACUUUGCUCGGAGAGCCCGAGGAAAAGAGGGAGCAGGACAAAAGAUCGGACGGUUUCGACCGUCCUGGACCAUUAGUAGACCGACUGUUAGAGACAGAGAAACGCAUGACGUCCGGACAAAAUUAAUAUAUGUAGAAAUGUAUAUACCUACUAUAUCCACGGAGAGAAGUCGAGGAACGGAGAAAAACGGUACAGAGACAAACAGAAGAGAGAGAGAAAGAUUUGGAAUAGUUGAAUGAAGAGUAAAUGAGGUUAGUACCUCCUAGCACAAGUU